UAUUUUAAAAAUAUCCAACAAAAUAGGGUACUUUUAGUACUCCGUAGUUUUUUCAUUCAAACACAGUCCACCGACAUUGCCCUCUCAGGUCUUCCCUUCAAUUGCCGCUUCCGGCGACCUCGACUUCGCCGCCGCCGCCGGAAAACGACGUCUUUUAUUCGACUAUUGCCACCAUCACAGCUGAGUGCUUUCUUUAGUAUAUAUAUACAUAUGUAUAUAUUACAUAGAAGGGUUUUGUGUUUCAGCCUAAAACCUCCGUCCUUUUUAACGCAGAGAUUGUCGUAAAGAAAAGCGGUAGAGGGUCCGUCCUAUUGCUCAUUAUUCAAGCAAGAUGGCUAGAUGGGAUGAGAUUCUAUCACUCCCUGUGCAGAAUCCUCCGACCUUGGAGUUUUCUUCUAAUGAUAUUGUGUGGUCAAAGGUGGAGGGGUGGCGUGAUAAUAUAGAUAGAGUGGCUCUGAUCCCCUUUGCCAGAGUGGAUGAUUUUGUAAGGGGUGAAUCCUCGAACAAAGAUUGCCCAACAAGAUUUCAUGUUGAGGCAAGGCGAAGACGACACCCAACAACGUCUUAUAAACCAAAGGUUGAUGGAGUUCUUGAAUAUAUUCUAUAUUGGUGUUCAUUUGGUCCUGACGACCAUCGGAAAGGUGGCAUUGUAAGACCUAGUCGGAACACUUAUGUCCCCAAGAAAAAAAAUGCUGGUCGACCAAAUACCAAAAGAGGAUGCACCUGCCACUUUAUCGUGAAACGCUUAAUUGCUGAACCUUCAGUAGCACUCAUCAUAUAUAAUGAGGAUAAGCAUGUUGAUAAGAAAGGGCUACCGUGCCAUGGUCCACAGGAUAAGAAGGCUGCUGGAACACGUGCUGUUUUUGCCCCUUACAUCUCAGAAGAUCUUCGACUUCGUGUGUUGUCUCUGCUAUAUGUGGGGGUCUCUGUGGAGACCAUAAUGCAGAGACACAAUGAAUCAGUGGAAAAACAGGGUGGUCCAUGUAAUCGUGAUGACCUUUUAACACAUCGGUAUGUUCGUAGACAGGAGAGAAGCAUCCGGCGUUCUACGUAUGAAUUGGACAUUGAUGAUUCUGUCAGCAUCCAUAUGUGGGUGGAAGGCCACCAGGGUAAUGUUUUCUUUUUUGAGGAUUUCUCUGAUUCUGACCCAUUUACUUUGGGCAUCCAAACAGAGUGGCAGUUGCAACAAAUGAUCCGCUUCGGCAAUCGCAGCCUUUUAGUCUCUGAUUCAAAGUUUGGAACAAACAAAUUGAAGCAUCCUGUUCACAGUCUUCUUGUAUUCAACCCUGAUAACAAGGCCAUCCCAGUCGCAUGGAUAAUAUCUCCAAGGUUUGCAAGCUGCGACACAGAUAAGUGGUUGCGAGCCCUUUAUAAUAGAGUUCGAACAAAAGAUCCUACAUGGCUGUUGGCUGGGUUUAUCAUUGAUGAUCCUCUGGCCGAUGUUCAUGUAAUAAGGGAUGUUUUCCAGUGCUCUGUGCUGAUAAGCUUUUGGCGAGUUCGUCAUGCAUGGCAUAAAAAAAUAAUGCAGAAAUGUACAGAAAAUGAUAUUCGGGUUGAGAUGUCGAGACGACUUGGCCAGAUUGUGGAUGUUAUCUGCCAAGGACAAGGGACAGUGGGCUUGUUCGAGGAUUUGAUGCAAGAUUUUGUUGAUGAAGCAGAUUUUAUGGAUUAUUUUAAGGCAACUUGGUAUCCUAGAUUAGGGAAGUGGAUCAUUGCACUACAAACUCUUCCUGUUGCUAGCCAAGAGACCUGUGCAGCAAUGGAGUUUUACCACAACCAAUUGAAAAUUAGGUUGUUGAAUGAGAAGAAUUCUGUUGUCUAUCAAAGAACUGAUUGGUUGGUUGAUAAAUUGAAUACCAAAGUGCAUUCCUAUUUUUGGCUUGAUGAGUACUCUGGGAAGGAUGCUUUUGCCCGAUACAGGAAAGAGGAGUGGGUGAGUGGGUUAACAUAUUGGCGUAAAGCUUUGAAGAUUUCAGAUUCUGAUGUUGUCAUGGAAGGUGGAAAUGCAAAAGUUAUUGAUCAGCUUGAUCGAGAAAGGGUUCAUGUUGUUUGGAAUCCUGGUUCACAGUUUGGUAUCUGUGACUGCCGCUGGGCUGAAAUAGGCAACAUGUGUGAGCAUAUGCUAAAAGUGAUUGGCAUCUGCCUCCAAAAAAAGUCUGCCAUGCCAUCCAUCAGCAUGCUGCAGUAUCAUAAGGUGUUGAUGAAUUUGCUACACUGCCCACCCAAUGAUUCUUUGAUUCGGGAUCAUGCUGUUUCAUUAGCAGUCUUUGUUCAGAAGCAGAUACGUGCACUUGUUUCUGAAAGCAGCGAUAUUAGUAAGGUUCAGCCAAUUUCUGUUGAUGAAGGUCAAGAGUUUGUAAAUGAGAGAAGUGAGGACAUGUUGGCUUACAAGGAGAAAGGUUCUUUGAACAGACAUGAGGCCAAUGACAGUAUUACAGGAGAUGUAGGUGCUGAGUUGAAUGAUAUGUGUGGUGAGAGUAUUGGAGAAGAUAUUACGCUUGGUGAGAGUAUUGGAGAAGAUAUUACAUGUGCUGAGAUGGAUAUUGACCCAUCAUCCAUCUGUAUUUCUCCACCGGGUUUACACUCUGUUGAUGAGGUUGUUUCUAAUGGUAUCCUUUCUGACAACCCGGAGAAACUUUUGUUUAGCCCAGAAACUGAACAGCUUUCUUCUCAAGAUGUUGCUGUCACUAAUACUAACAGUUCUAUGGAUCAUGUAUUCGGAAAAGGUGGUCAAGAAAGUGCGAUGGAUAUAGAAUCAAUUUCCAUGGAUAUACCUCCAUCAACCAUGGAGUUUGUGGAGCAAUGCACUGUAGAACUUCAAAAUGAUGUCAAGCCCAAUGUUACUUCUAACACUAAGGAUGCUGAUACCCUAUCUUUAAAAACAUGUCCAUCAAUUAUAACUAUGCCUGUUGCAUCACAAGGGGAUGAAAUUGGUCCAACUUUAGAUGUCCAGAAAGUACCGAUCAUCUGACAGAGUGCUUUGAAGCUAGAUGAAGUUAAAGAAAAGAUAACAUUGCAUCUGACAGACUGCUUCGAAGCUAGAUGAAGUUAAAGAAAUGAUAACAUUGCUUCUAAUGUUUCUCAUGAUUGACGGCAUUUAGCAGUUUGAUGGUUUUUACGCAUUGAAUAUUGUUAAAAUUGAUGUCGAUACAUCUCAGUUACCAUCUAGCUACCAUGAGGUGAAUGUUCUGUAAUGGUUGUGUGGAUAAUGGAACUUGUUUUCUGCUAGUGACUAGUGCAGUGCUGAAUGCAUCAACGCUAAAGACUGGUAAAGAUAAGAUGCUAACGGAAGUAAUGCUUUUGGUACUGCUGCCGAGAAAAAUGAAGAAAAUGGUGAAGUGCUGCAAAAGUUUUUGAUAUCCAAGAAAUUUUUAUUAAUGUAUUAGGCACUGCUCCUAAGAAAAUGAAACAAUUGAAAAAAUUCACGACUCAGACGUUUUGGGGGUGGAAGAAAAUAUCUGGAGUCACUCAUUGUAUAACAAACAUCUGUAAGUUCUACUCUUUCUUCCUAUGCAUAUACUCUUUAGUAGGAUCAAAUUCGAAUAUUUUAGAAUUAGUCGUAGGAUUUAUUUCAUAGUUAUGAACAGUUCAAAACAAUUUUGUCUAAUUUCAAGAAAAAUGUAUUGAGAUUGGAAGAGGAAAUGUUUAUUUUGUUCUUUUUCCAUGGCCUUGAAUAAUUCAUUGGUCUCUUUUGCGGCUGUACUUCCCUGCGUUAAUAAUCAUUGGCGCUAUUUGUUUAUUAUGAGAAAUCCUAAUUUACUAA